AUGGUGAUGUUGUGUGUUGCCUUCCGAGGCUCAAGCUCACGCCCUCCUCGCCCCCUUUCUUCUCAAAUACUCCGCUACUCUACUUCUCAUCUCAGUCGGAAAUCACCGCCUGCUUCCACAGCGGCCAUGGCGAUGCAUCGAUCUCUCCUCCUCUUCCUCCUUCUGGCCACCCCCUUCCUCCUCGCCUCCGUCUCCGCCGCCGCCGCCCGCGACGACGACCUGGACUACAUCAUCGACAACGCCGACGACAUCGCCGCCAACGACCCCGAGGGCUGGCUCCAGGAGGGCUCCCCUUCCGACGACGACGACGACGAAGACCUCUUCGAGGACCCCGACCCCUCCUCCUCCUCCGACGCCGAGAUCGACGAGACCCACGUCGUGCCCCUCACCGCCGCCAACUUCUCCUCCUUCCUCGCCGCGCGCCGCCACGCCAUGGUCGAGUUCUACGCGCCCUGGUGCGGCCACUGCCGCGCGCUCGCGCCGGACUACGCCGCCGCCGCCACCCACCUCGCCCUCCACAACCUCGACGUCGCGCUCGCCAAGGUCGACGCCACCGACGAGGCGGAGCUCGCGGAGCAGUACGGCGUGCAGGGCUUCCCCACCCUCCUCUUCUUCAUCGACGGCGUGCACAAGGACUACACCGGCGAGAGGACCAAGGAUGCCAUCGUCGCCUGGAUCACGAAGAAGCUCGGGCCCGGGGUGCAGAACAUCACCACCGCCGACGAAGCCGAGAGGAUCGUCACUGGGGACGACACCGCCGUCCUCGCCUUCCUCGAAUCCCUCUCGGGUUCUCACAGCGAUGAGCUUGCUGCUGCUUCAAGGCUGGAAGACACCGUCAACUUUUACCAGACCGCUAGCCCUGAUGUAGCUAAGCUUUUCCACAUUGACCCGCAGUCCAAGCGCCCAGCCGUAGUCUUGCUGAAGAAAGAGGAGGAGAAAGUGACCAUAUAUGACGGCGAGUUCAGAGCAUCUGCCAUUGCUGAGUUUGUGUCGGCGAACAAGCUUCCGUUGAUCACCACCCUCACACAGGAGAACGCCCCUGCAAUCUUUGAAAGCACAAUCAAGAAGCAGGUUUUACUAUUUGCUGUUGCAAGUGAGGCCUCAAAAUUUCUGCCCAUCUUUAAGGAAGCAGCAAAACCAUUCAAGGGAGAGCUUUUAUUUGUCUUUGUGGAGCGAGACAGUGAGGAAGUUGGUGAACCUGUUGCCAAUUACUUUGGAAUUACUGGACAAGAAACCACAGUUCUUGCGUACACUGGGAAUGAAGACGCUAAGAAGUUUUUCCUUAGUGGUGAAAUUUCACUGGAAAACAUUAAGGAAUUUGCCCAAGAUUUCCUUGAGGACAAGCUCACACCAUUCUACAAGUCUGACCCAGUACCUGAAUCUAAUGAUGAGGAUGUCAAAGUUGUUGUUGGCAAGAACCUAGAUCAAAUAGUUCUGGAUGAAUCAAAAGAUGUCCUUCUGGAGAUAUAUGCACCAUGGUGUGGGCAUUGUCAGACACUAGAACCUACCUACAACAAGCUGGCCAAGCUUCUUCAUGGCAUCGACUCGCUUGUAAUAGCCAAAAUGGAUGGCACAAACAACGAGCAUCCUCGUGCCAAGCCUGAUGGAUUCCCCACGAUACUCUUUUUUCCAGCUGGGAAGAAAGGCUUUGAGCCUAUAACUUUUGAGGGGGACAGGACGAUUGUGGAAAUGUACAGGUUCAUCAAGAAGCAUGCUGGCAUCCCUUUCAAGUUGAAGCGCCCAGACUCAUCAGCAGCACAGACUGAGAGCUCAGGUUCAACCCCUGCUCACGAGGAGAGCUCUGGUUCAAACCUGAAGGAUGAGUUGUAGGGCAUCACAUCAUUGGACCACUCAAAGCUGGCGACAAGUUUUGAGGUUCUGCGAUCGGGAGGUGGAUAGCUAGGUGUCAGCUUUGGGCAGUUGGAAGUGUAUGUUGAGAAUACAAACAUUAGAAUCGAAUGAAUAAAAUCAAGAAAAACUUUGCUUA